AGUCCCUCUCUACUCUCCCAUUCGUUCUGGUGUUCUGUGCGUACCUUUGCGUCUGACGUCACCUCCCUUAGUAACCCUCGGCGGCGUCUCCAAGAGCGAAGGCAACAAGAUGGUGAGUUGAAUUUUUCGUAUUAAUUAGCUUUAAGUUGCGAAAAAACAUAUGAAGCCGUGCGUAUAUUUACAUAACGCAGCGCACGCUUUUAUAUAGUCACGAGUCAACGACUUCGGCUCUCUGCAAAAAAGAGUAAACUUGUUGCGAAGCUUCCUUGUUGCUGCGUUCAGUUAUCAGGGGAGAUUAGCCUAGCACGUUAGCUCGCUUUAGCUCCCUCUGGGUGCCGUUAACUACAGCUGUAUGCAAACAACGAGCCCGCGAGGCACCAGCAGAAGAAAGCAGAUCUAAUUAGCUACUUACAGGCUCUGUUGUCUUUAGUCAUCGGCGCUGUUUGGAAAUGACUUCAUGAGAAAAGAAAAACACCUUCACGGCCUGUGAGUGAGGAUGGAGGAUGGGAGAAGGGGGGUGUAUUUCCACUAUGGUGGUUAGCAGUCACAGGGCUCCCCCUGUCCCCCUGGAAAAGUAACACCACAUGGAUGUUUUUGCGGAUUUUUGCAGGGAUUGCUGUCCAUCCUUCGGAAGCUAAAAAGCACACCAGACCAGGAGGUGAGGAUACUGCUGCUGGGUCUGGAUAACGGAGGAAAAACCACCCUGCUCAAACAGCUGGCAUCUGAGGACAUCAGCCAUAUCACCCCCACACAGGUAUAAGGAGAAACAUGUAAACAUCACCUGUUUUUAAGGUCAAGAGAGGAGGAGAAGCUGCUCUUCUAUACAUGUAUAAACCUGAGUGAUUCCUGUUUGUGCCCCGCUCAGGGAUUCAACAUCAAGAGUGUCCAGUCUCAGGGUUUUAAACUGAAUGUUUGGGACAUUGGAGGCCAGAGGAAGAUCAGGCCUUACUGGAGAAACUACUUUGAAAACACAGAUGUACUGGUGAGAGCACACAGCAAAGUUUUUGUUCAGUGUUGACAUAUUUCCAGUGAGUGAAUUUAUUGUGAAUAAUAAACACAAAAACAUCAUUUUGUUUCAGAUUUAUGUCAUCGACAGUGCAGACAGAAAGAGAUUUGAAGAAACUGGACAGGUAUGAAAUAUCUACAUUGAUUUUUAUCUGUGUGUACACAAUGGAAGUAAUUUAAAUUUAUUUUCUUAUCAAUUAAUUGUAGAAAUGAGGGGACUACAUCAUGACUUACAGUGGAAGAUAAAAUUUACAAGAAUAAACCCCUGAGAACAUCGAGACCUCUGUAUUCAGGCUGUAUUUUGUACUUUUCUCACUUAAGGUCCUUACACAUCGGGGCCGACGCGAAUACAGAACGUGAAAUUACGAAAUAUUUGGAGGCGAAUUUUGACUAUACACAUCAAGCCGAUUUUGCGACUUUCGGGGGGAAAAAAACACAUCCCGGGGAAGAUUUUUCCCAGAGAAAGUCCCGCCUCCUUCGCCUCUGAUUGGCUAGAAAAGCUGGAAACAUUGUCACACUCUCAAGCCAAACGGUCAGUACUUAUAGCCAAUCAGAGGCGAUAAGAUAAGCACAUGAAACUAUGGUAACAACCGUUAGCUUACGUUAGCACAGAUGAAAGUUAAAACAAAGAUGUUUAGCAAACUGUUAUGACUCUCCACAAGUUGUCCUUCAGGUCGUUAUCUUUAUUAUAUUUGUGUUUUUCAUCAAAAAGCACGCUGUUCUCCGACACGUAAACAAUCAGCUGGUCGGCCAUGUUGGAUAGUCAUGACUCGGGAGUCGUCAGCUUUCCCCACACACGUGAAGAUUUUUGGUCGUAAAUCUUGAACAAGCUUAAUAUUUACGAUUGUCGGCCCGACCCGUUUUGGACCCAAUUAAUGGGACAAAUUCACUCUUAAUAUACGUCAGACCACAGGAUAAUCUUAGAAGACAUAAGAUAAUCUUCCGAUUGACGUGCUUGGUCGGGAGGGGGAAAAUCGGGACAAAAACAGCCCGAUUAUUUUAUUGUGUGUGACCUGCUUUAGUGUUAUAACAGCUGUGAUGGAAGGCAGAGCACAGAGACACACAGUUGGCAGGAAGAAGAAAGUCAAGUUUUCAUUUUUGUAACUUAUAUCGUGAGAAUCCAAGCUCUGCCUCUCAGUUUCAUACUUACAUGAUUCGUUCCUUUUUUCUGUGCGUGUAUUGUUCAUUAAGCUGAACUGACCACUGGUGUUUGUUCUGCAGGAGCUGGCUGAGCUGCUGGAUGAGGAGAAGCUGAGCGGCGUCCCUGUGUUGAUCUUCGCAAACAAGCAGGACCUGCUGACAGCCGCCCCCGCCUCAGAGAUCGCAGAGGGUCUCAAUCUGCACACCAUCCGGGAUCGCAUGUGGCAGAUCCAGUCGUGCUCCGCCCUCACUGGUGAGGGGAUUCAGGUGAGCUCUAAAGCUGGAUGGUUUCUAUUUUACUUUAUUUUUUAUUUUUAGUCUCUCUCUCUCAACAUGCUGUUUUUAUUCUGUCUCUCAGGAGGGCAUGAACUGGGUCUGCAAGAGCGUCAACUCCAAGAAAAAGUAGCUUUGCUUUUAGUCUUUGACUAUUUAGGAGCAGCAGCAGCAGCAGCAGCAGCAGUGGCAGCAGAACACACAUACACUGACACACAUUGCACCCUCCUGAGCCUUAGCACGAUGGGAUAUACCUGUGAAUGUAAACACUACUAAUUCAUCACGGACUCUGAGUUUUUAACCCUCUACAUUCCUUUGUAAUUCGGAGGGGGGGGUUGACCUCAAAGAGAACCCAUGCCAGGAAAUCAAACCCCCUCCACCCAGACUACCCACGUCAGCAACACCAUCCUAGCCAACCCCAGCCACCACCCUCAGCCACUCACAACCUCAAACAUUCCCAUUAAACUGCUGUCUUUUCUUUCGACUCCAGCAUCUUUAAUCUUUCCCUCCCCAUCUCGUUCUCACAGGUCGGUAUCUGUUGUUUUUCGAGUAUCAUUCCACUACAGCUGUACGUGCUUUUCCUGCUAUGGCUCUGUUUGAAGUGAGGUAUAUUUUUGUAAUUGUUUUAUUUAUGGUGAAGUAGAGCGUUGAGUGCUUUCAAACAACUCUGGUUUGGUGUGUGUGGUUUUAAAGAUGUUGGAGAAACGGUCCAACUCUCCCCAUUUUAAGAAGAACAUUUUACAUGUUAAUAUGUAUAAAAAAGAACAAGAAAUAAAAACAAAGAAGAGGAAGAGGAACUACAUUUUUGGAUCAACUGUAAAUAGUUCAGCCCUGUGUUUCUAUGUUAUGUUAUGCACAUGUUAUAGAGUAUACUGUAUGUCACCGCGCUGUACUCUGUAGUCUAUAAUGUUUGCAUAUCUAAUAUACGCUGGCAGAUUUUUAACCGAGGUACUGUACAUCCUGAUGCAUUUCUUUGUGCUUCUUUGUUUAGUGAGGGAAUUCACUCUCAGCGUUUCCUUUUGAUAUUCUUGAAUGUAAUCUGUCCAGAAUUGAAGGUACUGUAUGUGAAUAAAGACAUAAGAAAACCGUUGAAG